AUGGCCCAUGCUGGGUCUGUCGGAACCGACAUUAGUGGAAUUGGCGAAAUUGGCGGCAGCUAUCUCUCGUCUCUUACUCCAAAGUUCCUCAUCGGCAUCUUCAACCGUGAAAAUGACGAGGAGUUGGAUCUUGAGAAGAUUGCUAGAGCAACCAAAGCCUGCAAAAUAGACUUCGGAUUCUGUGCCGUGGUCAGCAAUCCUGUGGCUAGCAUCCAUGUCGACGUUGAUGGAAAACCUAUAGCGACGUACAAUACCACCCAAGCUGACGUUAUGGCCUGGUGUGCUGCCCAGAAACGACGGCCACAAAGUUUUACCAUGGCCGAGGCAAACAUAGAAGCUGAGAGCUCAGACGAGCUGCAAUCUCUGAUUGAUAAGCUACCCGGACUCGCAAAGUCUAUUGACUGGGCUGCUCCAGCAGACGACGGAAGAGCCACGACAGCUGAAUGGGUUGGCUCUGUGAAGUGGGCACUUCCCGCCGCCUCUCCGAGCACCGUCGCUGGAGUUACUGCUAUAGCUAGUUAUUUGAUUGCCAGAGGCUACUCCAUGAGCUACGAAGCUUGUGAGAACGAUAUUGGCGACGACUGCGGCACAAUCAUCAUGUUUUUCUUUGGUUCUACUGGCACAGGAUGCUCUGAGGGAUUUGAUUCUUCCAACGACUGGGCGAGCGCUAUAGGAACACUUGAUCAUGAGUGCGCGUCUAGUUUAGUCAACAUGGGCCUGCUCCGACGAAACCCCAAGGCAAUGGAGUCUUGCGGCUCAAAGAGACCACAAGAAGAAGUAGCGGAUCUACUAUGCUAUGAGCUCAACUAUCACGCUAUAUUGCUUCAGCAUCUGCUCAGCAUUCGCGAUUUUUCUAGUACCGGCGCAGAGGUUGAGCUACAAAAGACCUCAAUAGCGAUACUUGAAGAGGUGGCAACUAUCUAA